GUUGGGAUGCAAGGGGAGCAGAGGAAAGGGUAUGGAAGGGGCGACCAAAAAAUUUUCACGUAAUACUUAUUACCGAUUGUUUUGCCAAAAAAUUUUGAGGGCUCCGUUUCACCUAUUAGAAAAUAAUAAAAAUAGUUUAUGCGUGAGCAGACGGUCGCCUAUAAAAAAAGAAAUUGAUAAUAACUGAGCCGCUUCUGAAUUGAUGCCGCUGCUCUUAUUACGAGACGGGGUUCCUUUUCUCGCACCCGCCUUUUCUCCAAGGAGAGAGAUACGAGGCACGAGGCUGCCCGUUCCUCUCUUUUCAUCGCCACUCCAAAACCCUAAUAUCCUGAUCGCCACUUGGAACCCUAAACCUAGAAAAGAUGGGAAGGGGAGGAGGAGGAGGAGGAAGAGGAAGGGACAGAUCGAACAACAAGUAUGCACCAAGAAGCGAAGAGAAGGAGCGCCGGACUGGAUGGGGUGUUGCCCCUCCCUCAAGGCACCUCUGGGUCGGAAACUUGGGCCCUCAGGCGACACGGAGUACUCUCUUAGAGCAUUUUCUGAGGUUCGGGGAAAUAGAGAACAUAGCCUAUAUUCCAGGCCGGAGCUAUGCCUUUGUCGACUAUAAGAAAGAGGAAGAUGCUGUCAUUGCAUUGAGAGGGCUCCAAGGUUUCAAGUUUGAUGGGAUGCCUCUUAGAAUCGAGUUUGCAAAGGGGGAUAGGGCUUCAAUGUUAUCACAGAAUGGGGAAUAUCCACAAUAUGGCAAUGAAAGACAUUCCAUAGAACAGGUAGAACCACAGUUUCAGAGAGAUACAAGGCCACUGCGGUUGAGUCCUGAGAAGUCAUAUGACAAGUCCAAGGGAAACAACAGUGCAGAACCUAGUGAGAUGUUAUGGAUAGGUUUCCCAUCAUUUUUGAAUGUUGAUGAAGUAGUUUUGAGAAUGGCAUUUUCACCUUUUGGUGAAAUUGAGAACAUUACUACAUUUCCUGGUCGUAGCUAUGCCUUUGUUCGAUACCGAAGUGUAGUGGCAGCUUGCAAAGCUAAAGAAGCUCUUCAGGGAAAACUUUUUAACAAUCCCCAUGUAAAUAUAUGUUUUGCCAAGAGUGAUGCUGCCCCAUCUGAACAUGGAAGAAACCAAAUAAGUGGUCCAUUCCCUUCAUCUUUCAAAUCUAAUCAUCAUCCUGGUUUGAUUGGACAAGACAUUGAGGCUUUUCCAGGGAAUAAAAGCUUUGAGAGUCCUUAUGGAGAGUUUCGCAUGGCAUCUGCACAUUUUAUUUCAAACUUUGAUAGGAUUUCUGAAAGUUCUACAAAACCUGAAGCUGGUUCAGUACCCAAUUUAGGUGGUAUUUUUGAACGUAAUAGGCUGCAGGAGUUUGGAUUGGAGCGACAGAUGUCAGAUGACCUGUAUGAGCGCUACAGAAAUAGGCCUGCAGCAGAGAGAGGUGCAGCAUGGCAUGAUAUCCCUUUUGAGAGAUCUCAAAGAACUCCACUUUUUGAAGAUUCUUGGGGCAUGGCAGAAGGCCCUUUUCCUUCAGCCAAGAAGCUGAAGACAGACAUGUUUUCUGAUAAAGAACUUCCUGAGUAUCCAUUGUCUGACUUAGAACAGCAAAAGCGUGAUCCUGGUCCACCAAAAUUAUUGCCUAAUUUGCCUGAACGUAAUAUCUAUAAUAAAAGCUUUGCUUCUGUUCCUUUUGGCCCUAAAGGAUUUCCUGAUCAUUCAAGGAAUCCAAUUAACCCACUUGCUGAAAGUGAUGAUUCUUGGAGAACUUUUGAUCAUUUCACUGCAGGUCCUGGUGCAUUACCUUUACCAGUCAAACCACAUAAUAUAAAUCCAGAACCUCACCGGCCUCCUGUGAAUGAAGAGUGGAAAUGGGAGGGGACAAUAGCGAAGGGAGGCACUCCAGUCUGUCACGCUCGCUGCUUUCCAGUUGGAAAAGUCCUGGAUUUUAUGCUGCCUGAAUUUUUAAACUGCACUGCAAGGACUGGUCUUGAUAUGCUUUCCAAACAUUACUAUCAAGCAGCUAGUACUUGGGUGGUCUUUUUUGUUCCAGAAAAUGAUGCUGAUAUUGUUUUCUACAAUGAAUUCAUGCACUACUUGGGUGAGAAGCAACGUGCGGCAGUUGCUAAGCUUGGGGGAAGGAUUACAUUAUUCCUUGUGCCACCUUCAGAUUUUUCUGAACAAGUACUUAAAGUACCUGGGAAAGUGAGCAUUACUGGUGUCAUUUUGAAGUUCCAGCAGCCCAGUUCUGACUUCAGUUCUCUUCACCAUCCGCUUGAAGUGCCAGAACCACAACUCCCACCUUUAGCGCACCGGCCAAAUAAUGGUAUUAUUCGUGAAGAUCCAAAAUUUCAUAAGCCAAAUUCGCCUGAUUUCAGGGCACUAUCUCAGGGCCAAAGCUAUUUCAGCUCAUCACCACGACAUUUAACUCUAGUGACCUCACAUUUUCCACCACCACAUAAACCAGGUGACACUCAUUCGUACUCAGGAUCUGUUCGUUCAGUGGAAAAACCGCUUGAUUUUCAUGGAGAGAGAAGGCAUGACCAACUUCAGCACCAAGAUCUGCCAAUGCCACCAAACUGGUCUGAUCACAGGACCAUCCCAAGUUCCAGCUUUGGGGUUCUCCCUACCCCAGCUCCAGGUGCUGCAUCACAUUCAUUUGAUAAUUCUGCAGCAGAAGCAUAUCCAUCAGCAAUUCCUAGGGUUACACAAGCAACGACCUCAAGCAGCACUACACCAGCAACUUCAGGUAUCGCUCCUUUACAUGCCAACAAGUUCCCUGUGCAACAAGAAACUACACCUCAGCCCUCCUCAUCCAUGCCACUUCCUCUACAACCUGAGCAACUUGCACAGUUGGCAGCUCUUCUUGGGCAGCAGAAACAAUCGGGAAAAGAUCCUGCGUUACUAACAGAUGGAGACAAUAAACAGCCGAACCUGUUGCAAAAACCCAACAUGAAGGUGCAUGCUUCUGUGCUGCAUGCCCAUGCUUCCGUGCCUCCUGACUCGUCAGCUCCCCACAUUAACCAAGUGCAACAAUUCCUGCAGCAUCCAUCUGCUGUUCCUGCGGUCCAACCAAUUGAAAAUUCUGUGCAGCAAAGUAGCCAGCAAGAACUGAACAGCAAGCAGGAGGAGGCAGAUCCCCAAAAGCGUCUCCAGGCAACAUUGCAGCUGGCUGCAGCACUACUUCAACAGAUCCAGCAGCAAUCAAAGACUGGUGACCAAUGUUAGAUCUAGAGUAUAUCUUGAAGAAGCCUUGGUUGACUUCUGAGAUGGAGCCCAUGUCCAGUCCUUAACAAUCUUUUCGCAGCAGCAUCUCAUGUCAGUGUACAUCUAUCGAUGUGUUGUCACAAUCAGCAGCAGUUUAUAUUUUGUUGUGGCUCAAGUUUUCAUGGUGAAAUGCUUUCUAGCAAUGCAUAUAAAAUUGUGGUGUUCUAUGCUUCAGAAUAAUUGACUAGUGUACAAGGUUCAAGCAUUAGCAAAAGCAUGAGCAUCCAAAUCUUGUGCCUCAGUUUUGUCAACUUUUCUAGCUGUGGAUUUCACUGACUCCAGUUCACAUUGUCAUGUGCUCCUUGAUGAUGAGCAUGGAGAUUAAUGGAGUGUAUUUUGUAAGUAUUACUAAUUGCUUAAAUAUGUGUAUGGAUGCAGUAACAUGUUGGUACCUGCUU